AUGAAGCGACGAUACAAUUAUUGUGACUAUCUCUCUAUGGUAUCCUUGUCAGUUGGAUUCUUCACUAAAGAACUCGGCGACUUUCUCUCUUCUCUCUCUCUCUCUCUCUCUCUCUCUCUCUCUCUUUACGCUGCAACAAAAUUAUCACAUCAUCAGUGGUUACAACACUUUCUUCCUUUCUUUCUUUCUGUCUUUCUUUCUUUCUUUCUUUCUUUCUUUCUUUCUUUCUUUCUUUCUUUUGUCGGUGCCUUUAUUUACUUUACGCUACUAUUUUGGCAUCUCCAUUUUUUGUUUUUGCCAGUGCUUUUCUGCCUUUCUUUCGUUCUUUAUUUCUGUCUUUCUUUCUCUCUUUCUUUCUUUCUUUCUUUUUUCUUUAUUUAUUUAUUUCUGUCUUUCUUUCUUUCUUUCUUUUGCCGGUGCCUUUAUUUACUUUACGCUCUUUUUUUUUUCUCUUUCUUUCCAUUUCCCAACCAGAAAAAGGAGAUCUUUUGCUAUCAUCUUUUCUUUUAUAUCACGUUUCUUUUAUUUCCUAUUUUUCUUUUACUUUUUUUAUGCUCAAAUAAAAAAAAACUACUAAGAAAUGAAACCACUUUCUCCUAUUUUGUUCAAUGCAUUUUUCUUUCUUUCUCCUUCAUUGGUCGCUUUCCAUUUCCUACUUCUUCCCCCUGCUCGCUCUUCGAUUUCCUUCCUUCGUUCCUUCCUAAUGUCGCUUUCUUUCUCCUACGUAAAAGAUGA